AUAACAUCUAGUGAGGGUCAACUUCAUGUAUCAGCACAAAGUAUACUAUCCGACCAAUACACCCCUAAACAGCACUAUACACCCUCAUACAGUACUAUACACCGCUAUACAGUACUAUACACCCCCUAUAUAGCACUAUACAACCCUACACAGCACUAUACACCCCUAUACAGCACAACACACCCCUAUACAGCAAUAUACACCCCUAUAAAGCACUAUACACCCCUAUACAGCACUAUACCUCCCUAUAAGGCACUAUACGCCCCUAUACAGCACUAUACAGCACUAUACACCGAAACACACCACUAUACAGCACUAUACACCCCUACACAGCACUAUACAUCCCUAUACAGCACUAUACACUCCUACACAGGAGUAUACACCCUUAUACAGCACUAUACACCCAAAUACAGCAGUAUUCACCCCCUAUACAGCACCAUACAACUCUAUACAGCACUAUACACCCGUAUACAGCAUAAUACACACCUAUACAGCACUACACACCCUAAUACAGCACCAUACACCCCUACACAGCACCAUAAAUCCCUAUACAGGACUAUACACCCCUAUACAGCACUAUACAUCCCUAUACAGCACUAUACAUCCCUAUAAAGCACUAUACACCCCUAUACAGCACUAUACACCCAAAUACAGCACUAUACACCCCCAAACCGCACUAUACACCCGUAUACAGCACUA